AUGUUGAAGUAUCUUCAAUCAAAGGAGGCUGAGGAGGAGAGGAAGAGAGCUGAAGAAGAAGAGAGAGCAAAAGAAGAAGAAAAGAAGAAAGCCCACAACAAAGAAGAGAUUGCAUCACAAGAAGAGGAGCAAGAGGAGGAUAUUGAUGAGGAUAGCUUAGCUAUGCAACAAAUGAUGGGAUUCGGUGGCUUCGACACUACCAAGGGUAAAAAGGUAGUCGGUAAUGAAGAAGGUGCUGCAAAGGUACACCAGCCGAGGACAUACAGACAGUACAUGAACCGAGUUGGUGGAUUCAACAGGGCACUUGAUAAAGCUAAGUGA